GUGUGACAUCUGUUGUAUUACCUUUCGUACUCAUCGGGGCUUACUGCGCCAUAAUGCAGUUAUCCACAAGCAGCUUCCCAGAGAUCCCAUGGGAAAGCCUUUCAUUCAGAACAACCCUUCAAUUCCGGCAGGCUUCCACGACUUGGGAUUCACGGACUUCUCCUGUAGGAAGUUCCCCCGCAUUUCUCAGGUCUGGUGUGAAACAAAUCUGCGAAGGUGCAUCAGUGACUUCCAUCGAUUUAUUUGCGAGACGUGUAACAAGGCAUUCCCCAUGCUUUCGGCACUCAAACUGCACACAGAAACUCACGUGGUGGAUCAGGGAAAAGAUAAGCACAAGCCACAGUCCACGACCCCACCCGUCGAGAACCCAGACCAGAAAGCCUUCAUGGCAUCCUUGGGCCUACAGUACACCAAAGACAUCAAGCCUGUCAAGCAGGAGGACAAUACACAAGAUGAGGUCCAAGAAAUACGGCUCAGAGCACUGAAGAGUAACCUACCUCAGGAACCCGGCAGCACCGGUCUGCUCAGCCUCUCUCCUUUGGAAGCUGCCUCUAUGGGAGGGUCAUUUUCAGUCCUUCCCCCUACAAAAGAAAACAUAAAGCUCCUCUCGCUGCAGCCUUUCCAGAAGGGUUUUAUCAUCCAGCCUGACAGCAGUAUUGUGGUAAAACCCAUCUCCAACGAGUCUGCCAUUGAGCUGGCAGACAUUCAGCAGAUCUUGAAGAUGGCUUCUUCUGCUCCUCCUCAAAUCAGUCUUCCUCCACUUUCUAAGGCACCUUCUGUCCCUGUGCAGUCCAUUUUCAAGCAUAUGCCGCCACUGAAGCCAAAGCCUUUGGUAACGCCCCGAACAGUCGUCGCAACCUCUACACCUCCUCCUCUUAUCAGUGCCCAGCAAGCCUCCCCUGGCUGCAUCAGCCCAAGCCUCCCACCUCCCCCUCUGAGGCUGAUCAAGAACUCAGUGGAGUCCUCCUCCAACUCUCACCUCCCCCAGCCAGGAGGCAAAUCGAGUCCUUCCUCGCAGUCGCUCCUCCAACCCAAAGUAGAGCCUUUAACUCAGCACGAGAUGAAGACACAGCUGGAGCAGGACAGCAUCAUCGAAGCUCUCUUGCCUCUGAGCAUGGAAGCCAAGAUCAAGCAAGAGGUGACAGAAGGGGACCUCAAAGCCAUCAUCGCCGGGGCAGCAAACAAGAAAGCCCCAACCAUGAGGAAAGUUUUGUACCCUUGCCGUUUCUGUGACCAGGUGUUCGCCUUCUCUGGUGUCCUGAGAGCUCACAUCCGUUCUCACUUGGGUAUUUCACCAUACCAGUGCAACAUCUGUGACUACAUCGCAGCUGACAAGGCAGCACUGAUCCGGCACCUGCGGACACACAGCGGGGAGAGGCCUUACAUCUGUAAAAUCUGCCACUACCCAUUCACAGUCAAAGCCAAUUGUGAGAGGCACCUGCGAAAGAAGCACCUCAAAGUGACCAGGAAGGAUAUAGAGAAGAAUAUCGAGUAUGUCACCAGCAAUGCCGCAGAGAUGGUGGAUGCCUUCUGCUCCCCAGACACCGUAUGCAAGCUAUGUGGCGAGGACCUGAAGCAUUACCGGGCCCUCCGCAUUCACAUGAGGACGCACAGUGGCUGCCAGAAGAAGAAGCCAUUUGAGUGCAAGGAGUGUGGCACAGCCUUUUCGGCCAAGAGAAAUUGCAUUCACCAUAUCCUCAAGCAGCACUUGCACGUACAAGAAAGGGAGAUUGAGAAUUACAUCUUAGCAGUGGACUGCAGUGCCCAGGAAAGCCAGACAGAUGCUCCUUUAUUGGAAGACAGCACUUAUAUGGACCGCAAGUCCCUGACACCUUUCCUGGAGCCACAAAAUGGCUUCCUGCUUGGGACGUCGUCUCAUGUUCCCAUCAAACUUGAACCUACGGGCAACUUCCCGAUGGAUUUUGACGAGCCAUUAGAUUUCUCUCAGAAGAACAAAAACCUGAAUGCUGUGCAAGUGAAGCAGGAGAACCUGUUUGGCUCUUCUCCCCUGUCCCUCUAUGACUGUUCCAUGGAGCCCAUCGACCUGUCCAUCCCCAAAGCCCUGAAGAAGGAUAAAGAUGAUGUCCCAUGUGAAGCCAGAAAUCAAGAGUUGGCUGCUUCUGGGAACAGUGAUAAAGCCUAUAACUGUCUGCAGUGUCCUUUGGGUUUUGGUGCCAAUGGGAACUCAGAGAAAAGCAGGGCUGUUGGACAUUCCCAGCCACCAAAAGGUUCGUUGCAUUUGACUGUCCCGAUCAUUUCCCCGGCUCUCCUUGGCAAUUCUGCCUUGCUGAGACCCUUGAGGCCUAAACCACCACCACCACCUCUCUUGCCAAAGCCUCCAGUAACUAAAGAUCUGCCACCGUUGGCUUCCAUUGCACAGAUCAUUUCAUCUGUGUCUUCUGCUCCCGCUUUGCUGAAAACGGAGGCUGCAGACGCCAGUCCCAAGGCAGCAAGCAGCUCCACUGGGUGUGACAAAUCAGGGAAUGCCAAAGCAAAAGUGACAAUCGUGACCGCCGUUCAGAGAGACUCCAGCCUGCCCAGUGACCUGACUCAGGCGUGUGAUCCAGAGCAGUCUCCCAUUGCCGAUGCUGGGUUGACUAAGAAAAGAGGUAGAAAGAAAGGAACGAAAAAUAAGCCUAAACUUAGCAGCAGUGUGGAUCUGGAGUCAAGUGGGGAGUUUGCUAGCAUAGAGAAGAUGCUGGCUACCACAGACACUAAUAAAUUUAGCCCGUUUCUGCAGUCCACUGACAAUUUCAAGGAAGAAAGCAGCAGAAAUGGAACAAGUGAGGACGAGAAGGAAACUGCUGAAGAUAAGCUGCUGAGAGGGAAGAGGAACACUUACUCAGACUGCCUGCAAAAUAUCCCCUGUCCUUACCGUCCUCGAGUCUUUCCAUGGGCAAAUUCCCUGCAGCGGCACAUGCUCACUCACACAGACAGCCAGUCUGAUGCGGAGACACUAGCUACAGGAAACGAAGUCUUGGACCUGACCUCCUGCGAGAAGGAACAGCCAGAGGAAAUAACAGAGUUACCAGAGAGUGAGUGCGGCCCCAAGGAGGAGCAGAAGGCUGACUCCCCUCCGGCAGAAGAGGAUGCCGAAGAAAAAGCGGAUGGAUAUGAAGAGGGCCCUGAGGAAGAUUCUGUAAGUAACAAAAGUCUUGACCUCAAUUUUGCCAGCAAAUUAAUGGACUUCAAGCUGGCAGAGAGUGACCAGAGUGCAGGCAGCAGUUCUCAGACUGAAAGGAAACAUGCCUGUGACAUUUGUGGCAAAACCUUCAAGUUUGCUGGCACUCUUAGCCGUCACAAAAAGGCCCACACUCGUGAGGACAGAAAGGAUGAAAGGAGCAGUGAGGAUGAAAGCAAAAGCGUUCAGGAUGAUGCAGGAGCUCCCUCGAUGCAGGACUCUGGUCUUGAGCAGGAAGAGUCUCCGAUGGACUUGAAGGUAGUGGAGUCUCCUGUGGACUGUGAGGCAACAGGAAAGGAGAAUGAAGAGAGCGAAAGCAUCUCUGAGGGGGAAGGCACAGAGAGAAAGUCCACUGAGAAGAGCAGUGAUGACAAAAAACCAAAGACUGAUGGGGCUAAGAGUACUGCAAAAGCAGACAAAAGAAAGAAAGUCUGUACUGUGUGCAACAAGCGUUUCUGGUCUCUGCAAGAUCUGACGCGACAUAUGCGGUCUCAUACAGGUGAGAGACCGUACAAAUGUCAAACCUGUGAACGGACCUUCACUCUGAAACACAGCCUGGUUCGUCACCAGCGCAUACACCAGAAAGUCAAAAAUGCUCGAAACCAUGGAAAGGAGAGCGACAAGGAGGAGACCCAGUCGAGGUGUGGAGAAGACAGCGAAAAUGAGUCUAGCCACAGUGGCACCAACCCCAUCUCAGAAAACGAGUGUGACUCCACGGGGGUCGUCGGUAGCCAUACGUCCCUCACGGGAAGCCGAAAAGAGUUCCAGGCCGGCACGGCCAAGGACUCCCCCAGCAGAGAGGAGAGGUCGAGUGGGCGAGGAGCCAGCACCUGCCUUGCCGAGCCCACCAAGAGCGCACAGAAACAGACCGCAAAAGACCAGGAACCUCGGGGUAGCUCCGAGCACGAGAGGCCCUCAGGUUUCAUUCAAGACUUGCUGGAGAUGCACAACAAAAAGUCUCCCAUGAAUCACAUCCUUGCCUCUGCAGACAGUGCGCCUCAGCUCUUGGGGGUUGAGUAACUGGCUAGGAGGUCGGACCCAUCCCAGCACGCAAACUGAAGCCAGCAGAGCAAGGUUUCUGGAGUCUUUGGUUUUGGAAGAGUGACCUACAGCUGUGGGGAGAGUAUGGCAGACUGGAUGCGGUGCCAUAUGCCUUUCACUAUAAUAAUGCAAGAGACUACAGUAUAUACUGAUUUGAGUGCCUUACUACUUUAUUAGAUCUUUUGGUAUCAUAGAUUUUUUUUCAAAAAUGAUUUUUUUUUUAAUAUUUUAAUGAAUUAUUUGGAGAGGACCUUUUUCAUUUAAGCAUUAAUGUUACCUUUUGUAUUGGUGUGCGUGAGCUUGUUCUUGUAUAUCUGUGAUAGUCGCUGUGUUUGUUCUCUGAGCUGGAAAUGGGGGCAGUGGGGUGGGAGGCCCUUGGAUACCACAGCCAAUAACUGGAAGAAAAAUUAUGUGAAUUUCAUAUGAAAUAGUCAGAGGAGAUGCAGAUGAGAUGUUGAUUUAUUGUUUUUUCUCAGUAGAUGUUCUUGCAUUUGCCACACGGUGGAGCAUUAAGCCUGUUCCAGGCCUGAACAACGUGGCAGUUGAAGGUGUUCAGAGUGGUUCAAGCCAAAAGCAGGAAACACGACGAAUUUCAACCUCACGCUUGUUGCCACUUUUCAGCGUUAGAGAUGGUCUUGUAGUUCCUAGGAGGAUUUUCUGGCCAUCGUGGAAUGAGCGUGUAUGCAGAGAAGAGUUACAUAGCAUCGUAACCUAUGGAAAUUAUGCACCCGCUGUUAUAUAUGUUUGAUUUGCUUCAGUAUAUUAUUAUU